CUUGCCUGCGCGUGCGGACUUUUAGCGGUUACAUGAUUUCCAGACCAGACACACACACAAAAAAGUUAUUUUUUCCAAUUCUCUUUUCCUGAAACUUGUGCAAGUAUAUAGAUGUAUAUGAAACGAUUGGGCCAAUAAAAGAGUAACAAGUUGUUUAGAUCAGUCUGUGUGUGUGUGUGUUGAGAUAAUUAAACAGUUGCUGCUAAUUGUGUUUAGCUGUUCGAUGAUUUAAUAUGGGGAUUAAGCAGAUCAGUAUUCAGGAUACGUGCGGGUAAUGUCCUUUGAUACGUGAUGUAAACUGAAUGGGAAGCCUUCUUGAUUCCUUCUUUAAUAUUCCAUCGAACACCAGGUUGUGUUUAGGGAGUUUCUCUUCAUGGAUCUAGACACAACAAAGACAGAGACAAGCUGAAGAGAAGAGAAGAGAAAACAGAAGAGAAAAGGAGAAAGAACAUUCCCUGGCGUGACGUCAGGCGGAAUAUGAUGAAUUCUAUUCUGUUGCUGGCGAUUUCUUAGCUCCGUUUUUUUUUUCAGCCUGGUGCACAUCCUGACGUCCAGGGGUUAAAUCUGAUCCUCGGAUGGCUUCUAUGACGAUAUAUGGGAAGGAUGUAUCGCAGCAAGAUGGGUUUUAUAGCAUGGUGCGCGCUUGUUACGUGGUAAGAUAGGAAAUGGUAUACGCCCCGGAAGAUUUAAACCACUUGACCUAGUGGGUGCAAGAGAUGCGUUUGUUUUCUUUACACUUGGAGUAGCAGCUAAAUCUAUUCCGGAAAAUGAUCAGUGCACAAAGGCCCUACAUUUUAAUAUUUUGAUUUACAUAAGAUGACUUGUGUGCGUUUAUUUAAAAGAUGUGGCUGUAGAUCAAGUGUCUUUGUACGUACUACAAUAUAUGGUUCCGUUUUGCCCGGAUAAAAAUAUGUAAUUUCUGAUAAAGCCUUAAAUGAGGAAGUCCUAUUUAAUACUUAAAUGUUGCCGAUAGCUAGAUUUAGGGAUUGGAUUCAGAGAAUAUUAAGGAUGUGCACGACAAUCACUGACCGAUAGAUUUAUUUUCUGUGUCUUCGAAACUCUGAAACGAUGAACGAUGCAAGACUAAGACCUCGCCAACCUCGACUUCACGGCAGUGCCGGUUCUACUGGCUCACGUCAUCCAAGGCAUCAGCAGGGCGAUCGCGGCGAGUCGGACGUUUUCCAAAUCCGUGAAACCUCGGCCAAUCCUACGACCUCCUACGAAAAGUCGGUCAGCACCUCGCAACACAAUCGGGGACUUUCGUUCGGAAAUUCCCGGAGGAUUGAAGAAUCGUUUACCGAGGAUGUGAUCAAUACGUUUUACAAAGAUGCCUUUAAAGAUGAGGGCAACUCUCUCUCGCCACUGUCGGUGGGUCACCCUGCUGACGACGAUGUCGCGAAAGGAAACACGACAGAUCUUGCAAGUAUUUUAUCUCGCGACUCGACAAGCAGCAGGAACAGAUUUCAGUACCCUCAGUACGAGGCCGUACCGUUCAAUACAGACGAAAACUCCAACAGCCCUCAUUUCGACGUGGAGUUCUUCCCGGAGCCGCUCAAUAACUCUGAGUUCUUCUUGAACGAGACCGCAUCGAGUCUUCCGGGUUCGGAUUCUUUUCUUUACUCGUCGUGGGGAUCGUCGUUGAAUUAUUUCAACACCAGCGUCUCACCCGCUCACCUCAACACCUUUUUCAACACCAACAUCACUGGCUUGGUCUUCGACCACGCCCUCCCUAAGUCGGACCACGACCACUUCUUUGGUCAUACCAACGCGUCCACUUUCGGAUACUUUAAUGAGCCCGCCAACGAGACUGCAAACGCAGAAGGAGAUCUGUACACGUGGAGUAUACUAAUGAUGGCUCCGCUGGUCAUCUUCGGAGUAGGAGGUAACACGCUGGUCAUCCUGGCCAUCUCUUUGGAGAAACGCCUCCAGAACGUGACCAACUAUUUCCUGCUGUCCUUGGCAGUGACGGACCUUCUGGUCAGUCUCAUGGUGAUGCCUCUAUCUAUAAUCAAUGUAUUUACUGGUCAUUGGAUGUUUGGACUUUUGCUCUGUGAUUUCUUCGUGACUUCCGAUGUGUUGAUGUGUACGUCCAGUAUUUUACACUUGUGCACUAUAUCACUGGAGAGAUAUAUUGGAAUUAGAUACCCACUUUGGACUAAGAAUAAGUCAAAGCGAAUUGUUCUGUUGAAAAUUGUGAUGGUAUGGACAAUAGCACUGGCCAUUACGAGCCCCAUAACUGUUCUGGGUGUGGUUAAGUCUGAGAAUAUCCUUCAAGAGGGCAGAUGCAACUUGACCAAUGAGCCUUUUCUGAUUUACGGUUCGAUAUUCGCUUUCUUCAUCCCUCUGGCCAUCAUGGUGUUGAUGUACGGUUUGACGGUCAAUAUGCUGAACAACCAGGCCAGGCUGGGAUUAAGACGCGGGGCGGAGGACGGAGAGGGUCAGCCUAUGAUCCGUAGAUCGACCAGUCGAAGAAAUUGGCAGACGCGGCGUAAGUUUUACGGGAGAGAGCUUCUGAGCGUUUCGGCCGCGUACACAUCUAGCCGAAGCGAGGAUUACGAGUGUGGGAACGGCUUGACCUGUCCGGUUAUUCACCAACGGUUCGGCACGGUGAAUGGCAGCCGGAACAACACGGUUCCCCUCUGUCACCACCACGCCCAUCACAGUCACCGUCAUUACGAGAACAGGCUGGACCCUGCGUCGGCGGCGUCGGGGAACGCUAAUUUGCUGGGGAGUAACAACAGCAUCAAUAACUUACACAGGGGGCGCAGCGGAAACAACAACUCCAACAGCGGAGGUGGUUGCGCCCCUGAGAGCAAUAAUGUCGUCCUUAACAACGCGCUGAAUAUCAGACGCGGGAGGUAUGCUGCCCAGAACGGGAGGAGUGGUUCAGCGUACGCACCGCGCGGGUCUCCCCCAGACUAUCCUUACUGUAACGGACACGAAGAGGAUUUGCCUUCAGAAAUGAUCUCCGACUCGAGAAACUGCUGCUCCUCCAUUCUUUCCUCGUCAUCUUCUUCAUCCUCGCCUUCUUCCUCGAGCCGGGAGCCCAAGCGACUCCGGGAACUAGUCCGCAAGCACCACGUGGCGGUCAAGGCCGCGAACAUUUUAUUAAUGAAGCGUGAAGACCAGCCUGUGAUUCCUAUGCCAUCUCUAACGCCCCCCUCUUCCAGUACGUACGCUAGUGUCAGGAGGGAUAACUCAGUUCGGACAGAGCAGAAGGCUUCAAAAGUUUUGGGAGUAGUCUUUAUGAUCUUUGUUAUCUGCUGGGCGCCAUUUUUCACAGUCAACAUCCUGACACCGCUAUGCACGAGCUGCAACUUCGAGUCAACGUUGGUGACGGCCUUCGUGUGGCUAGGAUACGUCUCCUCUACCCUAAACCCCAUCAUCUACACCAUCUUCAACAACAUCUUCCGCAUAACUUUCAUCAAACUGCUGUGCUGCAGGUACCGGCUGCUGCAUCGAGCCAGGCGUACCAGCAACCUACCGGGUCUAAGAAACGGCAUGAUGGGCUGCAACACAUUUGGCGCCACCCCUGUCAGCAUUAACGUACCCUCCACAACUCCAACUGCAACAAUGAUUGAAGAAUCGAACUGCUAAACUUUUUGUUUUAUACUUGGUACUUAGGAGAUUGCAUAUAUACAAAUUAAUAUCUACCAUAAUGUCAAUGGUGGACUAUCAAAACAGUUUAAGAAAUAACUAACUAUUUAAUCCUUAAAUCCUUACAAGGUCCAAAAGAUUUACAAAUCUAGUUAAGUUACUAACUGUAUAUUUUGUUUAGCCAAAGGGCCCCUCUUAUCCUAAUAACUGUUGUAUGGAUGUGGCGAGUCUAAGCUUAGCAGUCUGUAAGGAAACCUUUUUGUAUCUUUUCAUCCUCCCCAAAAGAAAAAAAAAAUUUAGUCAAUGAGUUUCUAGAGGGAGGUAAGGUGGGUUUUGGGGGGCUUGGUGGCUAAGCGGUAAAGCGUUUGGCUUCCAAUCAGAUGGCUCUCGGGUUUAAAUCUCUUUGAAGACUGAGAUUUUGAAUUUUUGGGAUUUUCAGGACGCCCCCGAGUCCAACUCGCUUUAAUGGAUAUGUUAGUUGGGAAAAAGUAAAGGCGGUUGGUCGUUGUGCUGGCCACAUGACACCUUCGUCAACCGUCGGCCACAGAAACAGAUGACCUUUACAUCAUCUGCUCCAUAGAUCGUUAAGGUCUGAAAAAGUUAUUCAACUUUAACUUAGAUAAGGGUUAAGGCUAUAUAUAUCUGAGGUCAGAUAACUCCUCCCGUUAAAUACGCUGUGGAGAGUGCUGGGCUAGUGACUACAUGAGGGAGGGGGAGUGGACAGAGAGAAAGACAUGGAGAGAGAGAGAGAGAGAAAGAGAGAGAGAGAGAACGUGGUAGAGAGUCUAAGUGAAAAGAAAUGAAUUUUCAUUUUGUCUAUGUUUGCAUGGUGGCUAUAUGUUAAAGCGUUUGGCUUCCGAACCGAGGUGUAUUCGGUUCGAAUCUCGUUAAAGACUGGGAUUUUCAGGGCUCCCCUGAGUCCACCCAACUCUAAUAGGUACUUGAAAGGCGGUUGGUCGAUGUGCUGGCCACAUGACACUUUCACUGACCGUCGGCCACAGAAACAGAUAAUCUUUAUAUUAUCUACGGUACUCUCUAGGCGCAUGGUCCUAGAGGGGAAAAUGUUAUUUGUCUAUGCUUGUGAACAUAUACUGAUGCCAGGGGAUAAAAAAGACUUGUAUGAAAGCCUCGUGGUCCUAAACUCUUUUAUGCAGAUAUUGGUCCACCAUUCUGUAUGUAUUAAAUUUUUUUUUUAAUAAGUUAAAGACAGGAAAAUAUUAUAUAUGGGAAUAUGCGUAGAAGUAAAAGCAAAGUGGCAAGGAAGGCGAUCGAAAUAAGGUCUUAUUAAACAAAAAAUACAUCAGAAAGAAAAUCGUUACUCCAAAUAAUACGAAUUAGAAAAAAAAAAGAUUUACGAAUAGAAAGAGAGUAGAGAAGGGAGAUAAUUUCAUUUUCAAAUAAGCUUCUCACUCAAAUACUCUUGAGAAUACAAAGCUUUGCAAAAUAUGCAUGCAAAUCUCUGCGAUCUGUUUCAAUUAAACAUGCAAAUUAUUCUUAAUUUGUUCUGUCCUAUGAUUUCCAUCUCAUUAAGAGACACACACACACAGAGAGUGUGAGAGAAAGAAUAAUGUGUUAACAGUUUAGAGACCCUCUCUUGUUUUUAUAUCUGUUUAUAAUGAACUCAUACUGGUGAUCCUAUAUUGUGAUGAUAAUAUCUAUAAAGUCUUCUUGUAUUGAAACAUUGUACAUUAAAAUCGGAUUAGACCCAUCUCACUCAUUUCAUAUUGUUACAUGUAUGUUCUAUGAUGAAGGCUUGAAUAAUGUAUCUAUUUAUUUAUAUCAUGAUAUGGCUUGAUCUAUUUAUUAUUUAAUAAAAUCAAUGUCACUGUUUCAAA